GACGCGUGUUGGGCGUGCACGCGCGCCGCGCGGAUAGGCUGCUCUGGGGCCGGCUGGACAGUGGCAGUGCCGCUGAAAUUUUCCACCCUGCGUCCGGAGGAGCCCCUGUUUUUGGGAGAGGUGGGAAGAAAAACAAUAUUUCGUUUCCUAUAAACAAAGAAAACAAAACGACAGCUAACAGAAGAAAUCGUUCCUUUCCUCCCUGUCUCUGUGAAACCGAGAGCAGGCCAACAUCUCGGAGGAGGAGGAGGAGGAGCGGGCGACGACGGCUCCAAGAUGUCGCAGUUCGUCGAUCAUUUCUGGGGUGAGAAGAACAAUGGCUUUGAUGUCCUUUAUCAUAAUAUGAAACAUGGUCAAACGUCGACAAAAGAUUUGGCAGACUUCAUAAGAGAAAGUGUAACAAUCGAAGAUAUUUAUUCAAGGUCUAUGACUAAAUUAGCCAAAGCAACGAGUAAUUACAGUCAGCUGGGAACAUUUGCUCCAGUAUGGGAUGUUUUAAAAUUGUCAACUGAGAAACUAGCCAGUAGUCAUUUAGAUCUAGUACGAAAACUGCAAGAAUUAAUUAAAGAAGUACAGAAGUAUGGAGAUGAACAGACCAAGGCACACAAAAAGACAAAAGAAGAAGUGGCAGGUACCCUUGAUGCUGUACAGAACAUCCAGAGCAUCACUCAGUCUCUGCAGAAAUCUAAAGAAAACUACAGUGUCAAGUGUUUAGAAUAUGAAAGAUUAAAAAAGGAAGGAGCAACACAGAAAGAAAUUGAAAAAGCAGUUGUGAAAUCUAAAAAAGCUACAGAAACCUAUAAACUGUAUGUAGAAAAAUAUGCUGCAGCCAGAACUGAUUUUGAGCAGAAAAUGACAGAAACGGCUCGGAAAUUUCAGGAAAUUGAAGAAGCUCAUCUUAGGCACAUGAAAGAAAUAUUGAGUUCUUUUGCACAAUCAAUAGAAGAGACUCACAUACAGAUUGGUCAGGUGCAUGAUGAGUUAGUACAGAACAUGGAGAGCACUACAGUUGAGAGCUUAAUCCAGAAGUUUGCUGAAACAAAAGGCACUGGCAAAGACAGACCUGGACCUGUUGAAUUUGAAGAAUGUAAUGUAACAAAUGCUCUAGAAGGGGUGAAAAAGAUCAAAAGAAAACCUUUUGGAAUACCAGGACGGAUAAAAAAAGAAAAAGAUACAGAUUCAAUGGAAUCUCCAGAUGCUGAUUCAGUUAAUAUUCCUGAGGUGGAUGAAGAGGGUUACUGUAUCAAACCAGAAGUGAACCAAAUUAAUGCCAAAGAGAACAAUUUCUACUCAUCAAGUGAUUCGGGCUCUGAGGAUGAGGAACCUAGGAAAUUCCAUGUGCAAAUCAAACCUGUGCAACCAAAUAAUGGUACUAACCACUCAUUGGAAGAAUUAAAAGCAUCCAUUGGGAAUAUUACACUUUCUCCCUCCCCAUCUAGGCAUAGCCCGAAUGCAAUGAAAAGAAAUUCAUCUGGUGAAGAGCUGGUUCGACCAAGAUCAUGUGUCCCAUCACCUGACACCAGAAGGAUCAAUAAUGACCUGUUUUCGCUGGAUCCAUUGUUUGGACCUCCACUUGAUUCCUCUUCUUCAUCCACAUCAACAACUUCAGCUUUUCCUUUCCUUCCAGUCAGUAACACUUCUGAGGUGUACACGGUGCUUGCUUCAGUCUCGCCCCCAGCAAGACCUACCACCCCACUUAAUACAAGUAUGAUUGUGCCACCACCUCGUCCUACUUCCAGACCAAAGCUUUCGGCAGGAAAACUGGGUGGAAUUAAUGAAAUAAAUCUAUGGACACGCACAUCUAGAUCAUUCAGUCCUACAUCAAUGUCAUCCACGAGUCCACCUCCUGUAGCCCCACUGGCACGUGCAGAAAGUACAUCCUCAAUUGGGUCGUCUGCUUCAUUGAGUACAGCAACAACACCUACCAUUGGCACUUCUCGUGGACCCAGUCCAAUAAGCCUUGGAACACAAGAUUCCUUACCGGUUGCAACUGCUUUCACAGAGUCAGUUAACGCUUAUUUCAAGGGAGCAGACCCAUCAAAAUGCAUAGUCAAAAUCACUGGUGAUAUGACCAUGUCGUUUCCAAGUGGAAUAAUUAAAGUUUUUACCAGCAAUCCAUCACCAGCAGUGCUUAGCUUUCGAAUACGGAACACCAGCAAAUUUGAACAAAUCCUUCCAAAUGCACAGCUUGUAUAUAGUGAUCCAUCACAGAGUGAUUCAAACUCAAAAGACUUUUGGAUGAACAUGCAAACUCUCACUGCCUACCUCAAAAAGCUGGCUGAACAGAACCCAUCUUCCUCCUAUUAUAACGUGGAUAUAUUAAAAUAUCAGGUAUCUUCCAAUGGUAUUCAGUCAACACCACUAAACCUAGCUACCUAUUGGAAGUGCAGUCUUACCACUACAGACAUUCGAGUGGACUACAAAUACAACCCAGAAGCUAUGGUUUCUCCUUCUGUGUUAUCAAAUGUCCAGAUUUUGAUGCCCGUAGAUGGUGGAGUUACCUGCAUGCAGUCACUGCCCACAGCUAUUUGGAAUGCAGAACAGAAGAAGGCCUUAUGGAAACUGUCUGAAAUUUCAGAGAAAUCUGAAAAUGGAGGUUCUGGAUCCCUCAGAGCAAAAUUUGACGUGUCAGAAGGUCCAACCAAGCCAUCAACUCUUGCAGUCCAAUUUCUCAGUGAAGGAUCCACACUAUCAGGAGCAGAUGUGGAGCUUGUAGGCACUGGUUACAGACUUUCUUUAAUAAAGAAGAGAUUUGCUACAGGCCGAUACAUGGCAGACUGCUGACAGUUCCAUCAGCACCUUGAGUCUCAGUGAAGGACAAGUUUGCUGUCAGGUGUUUAUUUUGAUGGUACAUUUGUACUUGCCUUCCAGUUCCAAAUAGUACUGCAUUCAAGAGUACACAAUGGACAAGAAGAGUAUUUUCAAGGAUAUGAAAAUUUUAAAACCUAAAUUCUGCCUUUGCCUGUUUCAGUAAUUGGAUUAUGAGGAAAAUCCAUGUUACACAAUUUAAAUAUGCACUUUCUUUUAGAAAAAAAAGUCAUUUUGGGAGAGAAUAAGUUGUAUUUUUAUUACAUUAAAUUAGCACUGAUGUGAUUUCCAACACUGUUUAAUUUUUUGAAACCUGCAAUAUUCAGGAAGUAUAAAGUAAAUGUCUUUGAAUACAUGAUUUUAUUUAGACUUUAAUGAAGAGCAACAAGUGAUCAGUAGUUAUGCUGAAAAUGUAAAAAUGUAUAAUGUAUAUCAAACACACAAAUAUAUAUGAUAGAAGAACCAGCAUUAACCAUUUGCCUUCACUGUGCUUCUAUAUUAUUGUGUAAACAUAUAUAAUUUUACAAAUUACCAAGUUUAGUUGAUUGUAAGAUUUGCUGUUGCAACAAAAAAAGCUUAAAAUCAAUGACAAAUCUAUAACGUGCAGAAAUUUAUAUUGGUGAAUAUGAAUUGUUUGACAACCUUUCUGAUUUAAUGUUCUAUUCUUGUGCCAUACAAGGAGGUGCUUUUCUGAGGGCGGUACCAUAUACUACAUAAAAUAACAUAACUCAAACUGAAAUGCAAAGUUUGGUCAUGAUUCUAACCGGAGACUAUUUGAAUGAUGGUGAGUUGUAAUGCUUGUUACAGAAGUGGUGAGCACCUCUUAACUUGUACCCCUUUGCAACGAUUGUUGGAACUUGGUGGGAUGAAAAAUCAUCUGCAACUAUUCAAGUGGCACAUAGUUUUCGUAGUCUUCAAAUUAAUUCUGGAACGUUGCUUCAGACCAUUAAGUUAUUAGUAUAUAUGGAUUGUUAAUGCACAUCAGGUUGUCAAUUUGUUGGUUAUUAUAUUUUAAGUUUCUAAAGAUGUGCAGAUAUAAUAAAGACAAGUUAUUAUAUCAAUGUUGGUUGCAAAAAAUAUUUCAAAAUUGUGAAAAGGCCCACAAUGUCACAAGCAGUACAAAAAAAUGAAUUCAGAACAAACUACCCAGUUCAUUUGCAAGGUGAAGAAUACUGAAUUGUUUUUAUUUACUGUGCAAUUAAUGAACAUAUUUCUGUACAAUUGAAUUAUCACUAAUCCCUAUAAAAUUGGCUACCAAUCAUUUGGGACCGAGUGCCAUUACUUUUUUGUCCACUUAGUGCAUUCUCUUACUGUGGGCUUCCUGUUGUCAGUAUACAUGCACUAAAACACCUGUCUAUAGUUGAGAAUAUUUUGUAAAGACUGAGAAUGUAGGUGCUGGUCUGCAGUUACAAAUAGUACAUAUUUUUGUUGUCCAGAAUGUAGCAGCAUUUUUUUUAUAUAUUGUAGGGGUGGUAUUCCAGUAUUUUUUUUUGAACUGGGAGUGCCUGGAUUUAUCUGUCCUUUUUAAGUGUACUUGUGUUACUUCAGAAAUUAAAUAAAUGUCAUCUGGUGUUUUGCCAGGUCAUCUUAUUGAGCAAAACUGGAAGUGUUUUUAUAUCUUGCAAAGUUUCAGGUUAGUUUCUUACUUUGCUGAAUUGUAUAUGCACACAUACACAGAUAAAAGCCCUUUUAAACACCCCAUCAUAAAACGUGCUGAAGCUAAGGUUCACUUGCCAGCAUUGAGAUUUAUUUUAUGGAAGUUUGUUUAUGAAAAAAGUGCCUUUAUCUUAAUUAUUGUGCCACUAGGUUGUUUUCAAUGAAAAUCCAUUAAGCUAAUUAUUCUUAUGUAUGAAUAUUACAAAAAUUUGUAUAUAAAAAUGCUACUAAUCCUUAAAUACUUUUGUAUUUGGAUUUGGAAGGGAAAAUGAAUGUGAUACAACUGGAGUCUGUGGUAAAUAGUGUAUUUCAAAAAUGUUAUUUCUUUUGAUGGGCUAUUUGCAAUAAACUGCAGCCAUUGUAUUGGGAAACAUGA